GCUACCUCUUCUUCCCCCCAUUCCCACUCUUCUCGUUUCCCACACCCAACGUAUCCAUCAACACCAACUUUCAACGUCAUCAACGACACGUCUUUAACCAGACGCGCUUAUCCCAUCCACUUAAGCAUCUACUUCAACAACCUCAUUCACAAUGACUGGACGCGGUAAGGGCGGCAAAGGCCUCGGAAAGGGUGGCGCCAAGCGUCACCGCAAGAUUUUGCGUGACAACAUUCAGGGUAUUACCAAGCCCGCUAUCCGCCGUCUCGCUCGUCGUGGUGGUGUCAAGCGUAUUUCUGCCAUGAUCUACGAGGAGACCCGUGGUGUCCUCAAGUCCUUCCUUGAGGGUGUCAUCCGUGACGCCGUCACCUACACUGAGCACGCCAAGCGCAAGACCGUCACCUCCCUGGACGUUGUCUACGCCCUCAAGCGCCAGGGCCGCACCCUGUACGGUUUCGGUGGUUAAGCGUAUCACUUCGAUGGUUGCUUUGCCUUUUGCGCGACUCGGAUGCCAUGGCGCCGUGGUAUCCAGGCUGCUGAAGGGCGAGCUUUCGUUGUGGAUUCAUUGGUCUUUUCAACGGUAAUGGGGAUAUGGAUACAUCACGUUGAUUUACGGCGUUUGGGAAUCACGAGACUCUGGGAAUGAUAGUGCUCUCAUGGCGUCGAUAGGCAGACGCAUUGUCUGAAAUGGAACACCAACAAAUAUGGUGAUUUGAACACAACGUACACCGUUAUUCUGCCG